UGUUUAUAUUUUUUCGUUUGCAUUUUUCAAUAUUUGGCAUUAAUUUCCGUUUGAAUCUUGAACGAGCGUCUGGGCAGCUAGCGGAAAUGGCAUCGACUAAGCCAAAUCAACCACAUCAGGCCGCAAACACCGCAUUUGAACUCAACAAGACUUAUGAGGAACUUAAUGUGAUUGGUACAGGUGCGUACGGCACUGUCUACAAAGCACGUGAUCUAAGCAAUGAAGGAAAUAUAGUGGCUUUGAAAAAGGUUCGUGUAGCCUUGACCGAGGAUGGUGUCCCGAUGUCAACGUUGAGGGAAAUUGCGCUGCUUAAACAGCUGGACGCUUUUCAACAUCCAAACGUAGUUAAGUUGUUAGACGUCUGCCAUGGGCCGCGUUUGGAAGGUCAAUUAGUUUUGUUUCUUGUGUUCGAGCAUUUAGAACAGGAUCUCGAUGAUUACAUCAAGCGUCUUCCGCCAGGCGGGAUGCCCAGAAUGACAAUUCAGCGGCUUUCCCGAGAAUUGCUGACCGGAGUAGACUUCCUUCACUCGCACCGUAUCAUACACCGUGAUCUGAAACCGCAGAAUCUCCUCAUUUCGGCUCAAGGUAGACUCAAACUAGCGGACUUUGGGCUUGCCAAAACGUACGACUUCGAGAUGAAACUGACUACCGUAGUUGUUACGCUUUGGUACCGGGCACCGGAGGUACUGCUUGGGGAACCUUAUCACAGUUCAGUAGACAUUUGGAGUUCAGCCUGCAUCAUCGCCGAAAUGUUCCAACGGGUUGCUCUAUUUCCAGGAACAUCUGAGGGCAACCAACUAGAGAAGAUUUUCGAAUUAACCGGACGUCCUUCCGAAAGUCAGUGGCCGCGAGGAAUUUCGAUAGCACGCGAAAAUUUUCGACCCACCGUUCCCCGGGACCCUCGCGACUUAUGCCAUAAAUUGUGUGAUUACUCCAAUGACUUACUUAAGAAAAUGUUGGCAUUUAACCCACGGGAACGCCCGUCUGCCUUCCAGUGCCUACAACAUGCAUACUUUACAGAGGAGCCGAUAUAA